AUGAUGGGGAUAAAAGUGAGUUUAAUGAGGGUAUUGACAACAAACAUAAAGCUAACACCUACUGCAGCCAAAUCCAGACGAACAGACAGCAGCUCAGAUAGUGAUGAAGUGGGAUUGAUGGUGAAUCAUGCAUUUAGUUCUGUAAACGGGAGAACAAAUACAUGGAUAAUUGAUUCUGGAGCAACUUGUCAUAUGUGCAAUGAUGCGAGUCAGUUUGUGAAAUUGCAUAACUUGGAAAAGCCUGAAGAUGUUACUCUUGCAGAUGGUCAUGUUGUCAAAGCAACUGGACGGGGAGUCGUUAAAACAAAAAUAGAGUCUCCAAAUGGCCAAAAGGGAAAGAGUUGUGUACUGCAAGAUGUUCUUUAUGUUCCAAGCUUAUCGAAUAACCUAGUGAGCGUGUCUAAAGCUACAAAGUCUGGAAAGACUGAAGUUUAAUGAAGAUGGAUGUCACAUUCUUGAUGAAAGUCAAAAGCGGAUUGCCACUGCUAAAAGAGUAGGAAACCUAUAUUACCUGAAUUGCACGAACAGUCAUCAAGCAAACCCUACUGUAGGAUAUUCAAGCAUGGGAAGAAAAGAGGUCACCUGGCACAAGCGAUUUGGACAUCUCAGUCACAGAAUAGGAAGUUAUACCAGAAGCGUAACUCGAGCAAAUAUUUGUCCGCGUUUUUACAAGCGAUUCGUCAUCAAUCACGCCAUCCUGGCUAGUACAACCGGCACUUUGUACCUACCAAAUCCUGAUAAAAACUUCCGGCUGUACUAGCCAGGAUGGCGUGGCCUGACGUGAGAGAGUUAAAAUUUUCGUGGACGUCAAACAAUAAGGGAAACGACUAGAGUUACGCUUCUGGUAUAACUUCCUAUUCUGUGUCUCAGUGUUCAAAACCUCCAAAAGUUGGCAAAAGAAAACCUGGUUGAUGGCUAGGACUAUGACAAAUCAAAGGACAUUGAUUUCUGUGAAUCUUGUGCUGAGAGAAAGCAUCAUCGAAGUAAAUUCCCAGUCAACGAAAGUCAACGUGCUAAAAUGCCCCUUGAUUUGGUACACAGUGAUGUAUGUGGUAAAAUGAGUGCAAAAUCGCUUAGUGGAACUGAGUACUUUCUGACAUUUAUCGAUGAUCACACUCACUAUGUAUGGAUUUAUGUCUUGAAACACAAAGACGAAGUCUUUGGAAAAUUCUUGGAGUGGAAAGCCUUAGUCGAGAAAUCCUCUGGCAGAAAGGUUAAAGUCUUCCGCACAGACAACGGGGGGAGUACACCUCGACAGAGUUUGAGAAUUAUCUGAAGAAAGAAGGGGUAACACACCAAUUAACUGUGCCCAAGACACCGGAACAAAAUGGAGUCGCUGAAAGGAUGAACCGGACCCUGGUGGAAUCGGUUAGAUCCAUGUUAGCAGAUGCUAAACUCCCGCACAAGUUCUGGGCUGAAACACUCUCAACUGCUGUUUAUCUUAGAAACAGAAGUCCCUCAGUUGCAGUCAAAGGAAAGACUCCUUUUGAAGCCUGGACAAGUCAGAAACCUAAUGCGAAGCAUCUACGAGUGUUUUGAUGCGAAGCGUAUGCUCAUGUGCCAAAGGACGAAAGAAAGAAACUUGACUCGAAAGCCAGAAAAUGUAUUCUUCUUGGUUAUGGCACUGAAACGAAGGGCUAUCGUCUUUAUGAUGCAAAUCGUGCAAGAGUCUUUCACAGUCGUGAUGUCCAGUUUAAUGAAUCUUCACAAGAACCUGAAGUUGUGAAAGUACAAGAGCCAAAGCAAAACACACUUGUGGAACUUGAGUUUGAAGAGCCCAUUGAUGCCGAAGAGCCUGUUGUAAAGAAGAGCCUGAGCCUCAAAAGUUACGAGGAGGUCAGAAAGAGAUCGAAGACCACCUGCCUACUAUGGAGAGUGGGCAACAGCUGCAAAUCAUGA